AGUUAAUUGGUAACUAUUGAGAACGUUCCAAUUGACAGAAGUUUUACCUGAACCUUAUCAACAUGUAAAUUCAGAGAACAAAUUAAUGUACGUCCAUGUGAAAAGUAGCUGAUAAUCUCCCAAGUGGAAUCAAUCUUAAGUGAAUAUCAGUGCAAAGAUAAAUGUACGAUUUAACAACAAUUUAAUUUUUUUCAAAACUGGAUAAAUCGUUUAUAAAUAACUCGUAAUCAUAUUUCUUCCGGAGUAUCGUGGGCGCUAAAUAAAAAUGAAAUCUAAUAAUCAGCACAUUAAAACAGUGCAACACCGACUGGAAAAGGCCGCAAAUGAAACACGGAUAGAGUGUAUUUCGAAAUACAGCCAUGAAUUGAGACUGGAUACACAAAAUAAUCCUUAUAUCGAGCCACUAACGAAAAAAAUUAUGUGCCCUCCAUAUUUUGACACAAUCAUCUGUUGGCCUCCUCAGCUCCCAAAUACAACAGCGUCCACAUCGUGUCCAUCAUAUGUCUUUGGAUUCAGUAAAAUACAGAAUGCUACACGAUUUUGCCUUGAAACUGGCCAGUGGUUGGUUAAUGCAAAAGGAAUGCCUUUUACGAAUUUUUCUACGUGUGGCAACAAAACUGCUACAGUUUUCGUUAAAGAAGACUUAGUUUCACAAAUGCCAACUUACGACAUUUCAGAAGAAACCGUGGAUUUAAUUAUGGGAAUAAGCGAAACUGGAUACGCCAUAUCACUGAUCACUCUUCUAAUCGCUUUCACGAUUAUGUUUAAAAUAAAGAAACUUCACUGUGCAAGGAACAUUCUACAUAUGAAUCUCUUCGCUUCAUUCAUUUUGAGAUCAUUUAUGCAUAUUAUGAAAAACUCGCUAUUCAUGGAUGGACUGGGCCUGUCCAAGGAUAUAGUUGAACGAAAUGGAUCGAACGUUUUUCACGUUCAAGCUGAUGGAAACAACUUUGAAUGCAAACUGAUUGUUAGUCUAGUACAGUACUUUACAACAGCAAACUACUCAUGGAUACUAAUGGAAGGGCUAUACUUAAACAACUUGAUUUUGCGUGCUCUAUUUACAGAUUCCAAUAAGAAUUUGAUUUACUAUAUUACUUUCGGAUGGGGACUGCCCCUGUUGGUUGUUGUACCAUGGGUAAUAGCUCGCAUCCUAUUUGACGACACUCUUUGUUGGACCACUAACGACAAUUUUGAAGUGUUUCUUAUUAUUAUUAUUCCAACAUUUACAUCUGUCUUGGUGAAUCUGGUUCUGUUCGUAAUCAUUUCCGUCGUGCUUUACAACAAACUAAAAUCUCCAAUCAAUGAGGAUUCCAGAAGGUACCUUAAAUGGGCCAAAUCCACCUUGGUUCUGGUGCCUCUGUUCGGCGUCAAUUAUGCCAUUUUCCUGAUUUUCUACUUCUUGAAUGAGCAAACCAUUUGGAUGGUUGGUGAUGCCCUUUUCGGCAGUUUUCAAGGUUUUUUUGUGGCAAUACUCUACUGCUUUUUGAAUGGUGAAGUGAAAGCCGAGAUCAAGCCCUACAUGAGCACCGUUUUGGUAUUCCUGGCAACAAACUGCGUUACAAAACAUUGUUUUCCCAGCCGCGAAAAAUAUCUAAGCUCAGCCGUCGGACGACAAUCAGUUUGCACGACGAUGUCUUGUAGCUCUUUGUACAACAACGGCGUGUGUCAUCGCAACAGCAAAACCAAAUUUGAUCAACUCUCCAAAAUCAAACUCUCCAAUCUCCAUGAAGAUAACUCGAAGGAAUUGUUCAUACCAAAUGGUGUGCGCCAUUCAGUUCCCAAAACUGGAUCAGUUGGCCAUUAUGUACCAAAUUUAACAUUUAUCCACGGAAGAUAUCCAAUGAAUGCAACCACGAAUUUUGAUACAUCGGCCAACGACACGCGUCCACAUCACUAUUCCCAAAAUUUACCAACAUGCGAGGAAGAAGUUUGCAUGUUAGAAGAUUCUAAAAAGCCACAAGAUAUGAAUACGAACUGAAGCACCUAUCAAUACGUAACUUUCUACUCCAGAUACAGAGUUUUCUAAUAAUGCUGGACUGUAGCGGUAAAAAAAAUGAGUUUUUUUAAAGCCGCAUUUGCAACUACAAUUAAAAAAUGUACAUCUGUCGCAAUUGGUUUCUGUACAGAUUUAUCAAUAUCUUAAACUGUCCUGUCUAAAGUGUAAUGGAAAAUGCGAAUUUCCAAACCAAAAUAUCCUGUAUAGAUUAGAUAAUUCUGAAGAAAUCGCAGAUGAUCACUUUCCCAACACAUCCAGAAUAAAUAGCUACCAAAUAUAUGUCACGAAAUUCACAAUCAUAUUGUGAGUGCUACUGAAAGUAAAUUAACUGUGCUAUAUAUUAAGUUAAAUUAGAUCGUAAAAGUUAGUAUUAAAAGUGACCAUAUAUGUAAAAGCUAGAUAUUUAUUUAAACAUAUUUCUUCUAAUCAUAAACUAAAAUUAAUCUGAAUGUAAACAAGGUAAUCACUAUGUGAUAUUUUUUACCAGUAGUUUGAUUGUAUAACAUUUUACUACUACUUGCUCCACACCUAUGAGUCGAUACUUUUUCGAAAAGUCGAAAAUUUAACUAAGACGGUAAAAAUUAUAUGUUCAAAUACGUAUUUGUAUCAUUCAAAAUAUGUUUAGCUUGUAAGCCAAAAGACCAUGUAAAUCAAUUCCGACUUUUAAAAAACAGACCCGAAUAAUUUGUUUUAGUUGAUGUAUGCAACACAUAUCUGUAAAACAUGAACUAGCUAUGUGUA